GGUGGAAAAGGGCAGUGUGGAGUGCAUCAUCUGUGGAUCUGUUGGGUCGGUUUUCAAUUCAUGCCCACCUCACGGCCUUCUGGAACCCACGCCCACCUAAUGGCCUUCUGGAACCCACGCCCACCUAAUGGCCUUCUGGAACCCACGCCCACCUAAUGGCCUUCUGGAACCCACGCCCACCUAACGGCCUUCUGGAACCCACGCCCACCUCACGGCCUUCUGGAACCCACGCCCACCUCACGGCCUUCUGGAACCCAGGCCCACCUCACGGCCUUCUGGAACCCAGGCCCACCUCACGGCCUUCUGGAACCCAGGCCCACCUCACGGCCUUCUGGAACCCAGGCCCACCUCACGGCCUUCUGGAACCCAGGCCCACCUCACGGCCUUCUGGAACCCAGGCCCACCUCACGGCCUUCUGGAACCCAGGCCCACCUCACUGCCUUCUGGAACCCAGGCCCACCUCACUGCCUUCUGGAACCCAGGCCCACCUCACGGCCUUCUGGAACCCAGGCCCACCUCACGGCCUUCUGGAACCCAGGCCCACCUCACGGCCUUCUGGAACCCAGGCCCACCUCACGGCCUUCUGGAACCCAGGCCCACCUCACGGCCUUCUGGAACCCAGGCCCACCUCACGGCCUUCUGGAACCCAGGCCCACCUCACGGCCUUCUGGAACCCAGGCUCACCUCACGGCCUUCUGGAACCCAGGCCCACCUCACGGCCUUCUGAAAGCUCAUCGAACGUGACAAGACACAAGAUGAUUAUCGUAAUGAGAGAAAGAGCAGUGACAAAUAAGAACAAGGAGGCCACAUUCCAAAGCAACGCGAAUACAGUCCCGCAGCCCAUUGAUUCAUUCUUCCUCUUCAUGACCCACCUCUCUGUGGGUUUGAAGCCAAAGGAUUUGGCUCACACGUUUAACAUCAGCCAUUCUACUGUGAGUCGGAUGGUCAUCAGAUGGGCCAACUUCCACUAUGCUUUGCUUGGUGUCAUGUGUCUCUGGAUGUCAGAGGAAGAUGUGAAGGCUCACUUACCAGAGGAGUUCAAGGAGGGUUAUCCUGUCACCAAAGUUGGUCAUCGACUGCACAGAGUUGCACUGCCAGACACCAUCAUCUCUGCUUCUUGGUGCUACUUGGUGCCACAUGGUGCCACAUGGUGCCACAUGGUGCUACAAUGUGCUACAUGGUGCUACAUGGUGCUACAUGGUGCCACAAUGUGCUACGCGGUGCUACAUGGUGCCACAUGGUGCUACAAUGUGCUACAUGGUGCUACAUGGUGCUACAUGGUGCUGCAAUGUGCUACAUGGUGCCACAUGGUGCUACAAUGUGCUACAUGGUGCUACAUGGUGCUACAUGGUGCUGCAAUGUGCUACGUGGUGCCACGUGGUGCCACAUGGUUGCUACAUGGUGCCUCAUGGUGGCACGUGGUGCCACAUGGUGCUACAAUGUGCUACAUGGUGCUACAUGGUGCCACAUGGUGCUGCAUGUUGCCACAUGGUGCCACAUGGUUGCGACAUGGGUGGUACAUGGUGCUACAUGGUGCCACAUGGUGCCACAUGGUGCUACAUUGCGCUACAUUGUGCCACAUGGUGCCACAUGGUGCUACAUGGCUCCACAUGGUGCUACAUGGUGCCAUCACAUUUGUAUCUUCUCUGUCUGCUGUUUCGAUCAGCGACAAAGAGCUACUGAAGCAGUCCGGAAUUGUGCUUCUUCCUACACAGAGGAUGGGCCAUCAUGGUGGACAACGUUUCUUGUGGACGACCACCUGCCUUGUAAGGUUCAGGUUCACCGACCAGCUAUCCUCUCGAAGAGGACACCAGACACCAGCCUUAGAUGUGCGUUAGACCCAGUCAGUCGCCCGAUUGAGAGUUCAUGUGUAUCAGGAAGGUGAAGGAGAAUAAACUCUUCGACACCGCCCACCCUCACCUUCAUCACAGGUAGCAUCAACCAACUGUACUCUGUUGCAUGCUUCCUGGUCAACUACCGGAAUGGACCUCUGGUCAAAGGAGAAGUGAGGCCACAACCCCCUGAACAGCCACCUCAUACCCAUAGCCAGCCUGGGCAGCUACCCCAUACCCAUAGCCAGCCUGGGCAGCCACCCUGUACCCAUAACCAGUCUUGGCAGCUACCAUAUAUCCAUAGCCAGCCUGGGCAGCUACCAUAUACCCAUAGCCAGCCUGGGCAGCUACCAUAUACCCAUAGCCAGCCUUGGCAGCUACCAUAUACCCAUAGCCAGCCUUGGCAGCUACCAUAUACCCAUAGCCAGCCUGGGCAGCUACCAUAUACCCAUAGCCAGUCUGGGCAGCUACCAUAUACCCAUAGCCAGUCUGGGCAGCCAUCCCAUACCCAUAGCCAGUCUGGGCAGCUACCAUAUACCCAUAGCCAGUCUGGGCAGCCAUCCCAUACCCAUAGCCAGUCUGGGCAGCUACCAUAUACCCAUAGCCAGUCUGGGCAGCCUGCACUGUCACUCAGAUCCUGAUGAGCUCCAAUGUCCUAGGUGCCUUUUGAUGUUUGAUUGAAUCAAUUCCUUUUAUAAAUCCAUUUGAUAAGAUUAGCCUGCUUGAUUCACGUUUAAAGGAGAAUGUUCCUAUUUCCGAAGGUAAACUACAUUUUUUUUUAUGUGAACGGCAUGUUAGAGAAGGGUCCAGACAUUUUUGUUGUAAUGUGGCUUGUUAGUGAGAAACUUAUCCCAGCUGCGAUACUUUACCCGUUGUGCAGUAUCAGGGGACACGCAAAAAAACAUGAACAAAUACACAUUCAUUCACAUUAAUACACAUUAAUACACAUUAAUACACAUUAAUACACAUUAAUACACAUUAAUUCACAUGAAUAUACAUAAAUACACAUUAAUACACAUUAAUAUACAUAAAUACACAUUAAUACACAUUAAUACACAUUAAUACACAUUAAUACACAUUAAUACACAUAAAUACACUAAUUCACAUUAAUAUACAUAAAUACACAUUAAUACACGUAAAUACACAUGAAUUCAGAUUAAUAUACAUAAAUACACAUUAAUACACAUAAAUACACAUUGUGUUUGUCAUUAUUUUAUCGACAACGUUCUAAUCCUUUUUGGUUCAGACAAUGAUGCAGCUGUGCACGGCUGAGCGUGUCCCUAUAGUACACGGACACACGGAAACGUCACAACAAAAUAGCAUAUAAUGUUGCGGCUAAAGUUUGGGAAUGACACAAUUUCAUGUCUAAAGAGCUGCAUCACUAUGCUGAGUGUGUGUCCCUUUCUAAAAUGACCUAUUUCUUUUGCGUGCCAUGAUACUGCGCAAUGAGGAAGUGACUCGCGGCUGAGGUAGGUUUCUCCAACAAGUCAAAACCCACCCAAAAGUGUCUGGACCCUUCUUUAACAUGACAUUUACAUAAAAAAAAAAGAGAUUUACUUCAGAAUUAGGAAAAUUAUUUGAAUCAAUUCAUUAUAUUCUUGUUUGAUAUUUUCUUGUUUGAUUCUUAUUUGACAUGAUUCACCUUUAAGUCCUUUGACUGAACUCAUUGUUUUUAAAUAUAUAAUCUUUAUUCUUGUUGUGAUAAGUAAUUUCAUCCAGUAGAUUAAUCAAUACACUGCUAUUGUUCUUGUUCAUAUUUAGGCAGGCCUUGGAGAUACCUUUUGUAAUACACAAUUAAUAACUAAGUUACCAUUAAAGACUAUUUUUUAUUUUUUUA